AUGAUGGGCGCCUUCUUCGGAGAGAUGAGCCGAGCGCUGCUGCUGACCGCGAUCCCCAAGAUCACGAGCGAGUUUCAGAGUCUGGACCAGGCCGCGUGGUACCAAGCUUCGCACGACCUUGCCCGGCUGGCGUUUCUGCCCAUCUUUGGCCGGGUGUAUACUCUAUUUCCGCUGAAGAUCACCUACUGCACCGGGCUCCUGAUCUACAUCGUUGGUGCCAUCGUCUGCGCAACGUCGUCAACUUCUCAUGUCUUAAUCGUCGGGCGAGCUAUCCAAGGCCUAGCUCACGCUGGCUUACACCUGGGAUGUUUUAUAAUAAUCUGCCACGUUGUACCCACGAGAAAUAUGCCAGUCUUCUUGGCUUCCAUCAUUCUGAUGAAUGGUAUCGCAGCAGGUGUAGGGCCCCCUCUGGCCUUGUCGUUCAUCGCGGGCUGCCUCAUAAUCUUCACUUUCCCCGAACCGGUCAGAGUGACCUCGAACUAUUCUCUGCGAGACCGAUUGAAAUCAACCGACCAGCUCAGCGUUGUCCUUAUCCUGACCUCUCUGACCGCAUUGUUUCUUGCUCUGCAAUGGGGCGGUACCAAAUACCAGUGGAGUGAUCCAUGGAUAUGGGGCCUCCUGAUCGGGUUUGCCGUCAUGGCUGGGCUGUUUUGGUUCAUCCAGGUCAAGGAAAAAGACAGGGCCCUGAUACCAAUCCGGAUACUGACACAACGUACCGUCGGCUUCGGAUGUCUGUACUGCACCUUUCUCAUCACGGCAUACGGAAUCUUUAUCUACUACAUGCCAUUUUAUUUUCAAGCCGCAAGGGGCUAUUCACCCAAAAUGUCCGGCAUUUACAUCUUGGCCCUGGCCAUCCCGGACACAGUGGUCGCUCUCGCCAUCGGGGCAGCUGCCACGUACUCCGGCCAUUAUGUGCCGUUCAUGGUUGCCAGCGCUGCGUCGGUGCUAGUGGGGUCCGGGCUGCUAUCCCAGAUCCGGGUCGACACAGCAAUGUCCUAUAUCAUCGGCCUCGAGCUGAUCAUCUCGCUUGGACUGGGGCUUGGCAUACAGCUGCCCCUCUCGGCCAUCCGGAACGUCCUGGACGAGCCCGACGUGCCAGCCGGAGAGGCCCUCGUGCUGUUCUGCCUGUCACUGGGCGCCACGGUGGCCUUCCCCAUCGCACAGGCCAUUUUCAUGAACGUCCUGGGCGGCCACCUGGCGACGGGGCUGAGCGCGGAGCGCGUGGCCGAGGUACUGCGGAUGGGCGCGUCCAAGGUGAGCGCCGAGCACCUGGGUGAGGAGCUCGUGCCGUUCGUGGCCGAGUCUACCAAGCAGCGGCACCGGAGGAAUCGUGCAUGUGGCAUCACCAGGGACGCAAGCAAUGGGGGCAUCGAGCAGGGCGGAAGCCUCAGUCGCGCAAAGAUGGCAGCCCGUGACGUGCUCAAGUUUCUCAAGUUCUCAUUCCCAUUCCUGGUCUCGUACGGCCUCAAACGCCUCGCCCAACGCAUUGGUGCCCUGAUACACGCGAUACAGUACGAUCCCGGACCCUCGCCAAAGAACGUGGUGGUAAUCGGCGGUUCCUUCGCCGGCAUUGCACUGGCGAGGAGGCUCUGCGACUCGCUCCCGAGCGGGUACAAGGUCGUCCUUGUCGAGAGGAACACCCAUUUCCACUACCCCUUCGUCUUCCCCAGGUACUCCGUAGUCAGGGGUCAUGAGCCGAAGGCGUUCAUUCCGUAUGAUGAGAUUCUGUACAGCGGGCGGAAAGGUGUGCCAGUUGGGAUAUUCGAGCGGCGGCGCGGUACGGUCAGCGAGGUGACAAGGGACUCUGUCAGGCUUGCUUCCGGGGAGGUCAUUAACUUUGAGUUUUUGGCCAUUGCUACUGGAACAUCCUCCCCGCAACCCUCCAAGCUCUUGAGCAAUGAUAAACAUGGGGCGUGUGAGGAGCUUAGGAGGCUUCAGGAGCGGAUAAGCAGCGCGGAGAACAUCGCCGUGGUUGGGGGCGGGGCGGUAGGCGUGGAACUCGCGACUGAUAUCAAGGGCUGGUAUCCGGAGAAGGAUGUGACCCUGGUGCACUCCAGGAACAGGCUUCUGCAUGGUUACGGCUCAAGACUACAUGACCGAGUAAUGGCCGAGAUGGAGAAAUUGGGAAUCGCGGUGAUGCUGGGGCAGAGACCACAAGUGCAGCUUCAAGACAAUGAGAAGACUGGAGUGAACGCAAUACUGGUCUUUCCAGAUGGCCGAGUCGACAGAUAUGAAUUAGUGAUAUCCUGCACCGGCCAGACUCCAAAUACCCAGUUCCUAACCCAGGAACUAUCCAAGUGCGUUUCAGACGAGACAGGCAGGAUCUUAGUGGCUCCGAGUCUCCAAAUAAGAUCGCCUGAAGGCACCAUAGACAAUAUCCUCGCACUCGGAGACGUUGCCGAGACCGGCGGGCCAAAGAUGGCACGGGCUGCUGAAUGCCAGUCACACGUUGUUGCAAGCAACAUAGUUUCUUUGAUCAAGAGGCGCCCGGCGCUCAGCACCUACCGCCCAGUCAAAGAGGUCGAAGGGGCAAUCAAGCUAACGCUUGGCAAGGUAUGUCGUCCGAGGGCUGCUCCGGAACUGGUCCCAGCUAAUGAUGGGCGGUGCAGUCUGCGGUCGCGCUGUACUCAGAAGAUAACAGCGGAGAUAAUGCUUUGA